GCUGUGGGACCAGCAACAGCGCGAACGAAAAGAAAGCAAAGAUAAGAGUAGACAGUCAGACAGAGACAGCGAUGGAGCGACCAAGGAAGCGCAGGUAAACAUUUCGCCUGAAGUUUAGCUAACGUCUGUCAAAAAACGCACAAAAAGGAAGCAUUUCUCGCGGCGUGUGCAAGCAGAAGAGCAGUGUCGUGAAGAACGUGGUCGAACAGGCAAAACAUGCACAGCUCCAAUUGGUAAGCCAGAAAUUAGAUCUAGCGCGCUGCUUGACGUUUGACGUUUUGCCAAAUAGAACGAGCGAAAAAAGAGCGAGAGGCAGUACGCAAACAAGGCAACAACGCACGUACGGCAACGACUGCUGCAAACAUAGUUUCACGGUGAUUUCAUCCCUUUUCGCAGCACCGUAGAGUAGACAAAAACAACAUUCCCUGUAACACGCACACACUCAACGACGACAUUCGCCCAGAGGACAGCAGGUGCGGAAUCUGUGCCCGAGCUUUGCUUUCCUACCGAGGUCCCCCGCUAUACCCCGCUACCUUUCUCGACAACCAUCAGUAGCACCACCACCACCAUCGCCGACCUUCCGGAAACGUGUCCCGCUAUUCCAUCCAUUUCGAAUCGCGAUGGAUUCGGUCCUGAAACCGAUUCAACGCUUCCUGUACAUUGGCAGUGACGUGCCGUUUGUGCUAGAUCCACCACAACCGCUGGAUGUGGAGAUCGGGAAGAAGAUUCUUGGGACAGUGGUGAAACCGGCCGCAUCGGAAGCAGCACCAUCAACCACCGGUGAGACAGUGCAGCAAAACUCCAACCCGAAAAAGAACAACCCAAAGACCGUGAAGCAGGAAGGCGAAAAGGGGGUGAAAAAGGAAGAGGGAAAUAAACCGACCACGACGAAAGAUGCAACAGCGUCAGAACCGGUGCCGGCCAAACCGCUGCAUCCGGUGCUUGCGCUGAUUAAGACGACGUACAAAAGCAAAACACUCCGCCGGACGGAUGAGUGUUUGUUUGCGUUGGCAUACUGUGCGCGGAACCUUCCGACACCCGAGGAACGGCACACCGUGUACGAUUUGCUGGUGGAGCUAGUCCGCGCCUCAAACGAUCUGCUAGCGUUCGUCGCGUACUACAUCCAGCUCGCCACCCAAUCCGGUCACGCCGGGUUUGGGCAUGGCUUGCGCAGCGCCAUCACGCGCUGGUACGAUUGGUUCUCGCCGACCGAGCUGGCGGAAGUGCUCGUACGCAGCACGGCGUAUGCUGGCUGGACGCACAAGGAUCUGAUUGCGAAGGUGCAUCCGAAGCUGCAGUGUGCCGACAAGCAGACGCUCAUCGAUGCGGCCACCAAACGGACGAGCCAGCUGCAGCAGAAGAAAGCGCCCGAGAAGAAGGGCAAGAAGAAGAAGCAGAAAGGAAAGGCCGCUGCCCCACUGCAGCAACAGCAGCCUCCGGCGGCAAACACUUCGAAAGCGUUCAAGCGCUACCAAGUGCUGCUGCAGUUUAAAUCGGUUAUGACCGUUGGGAAGGCGCUGGAGCUGAUCAAGCUUCAUGGCGGAAAGGGGCGGUUGGAACUGCUUCCGAAACACCUGCGCCGUUCGGCCAAGAUAUGGGAGGCCCUCUACGCCAAUCUGAGCUAUCGCGAGCUGCUGCACGCGGUGCUGCCAUUGCAAGACUUCCGGCUGCUGAAGGAAGGUGAGCCGAACGCGAAAGCGUACGCCGACUCGCUCACCAAGCGGCUCGAUGCGCUGGAAGGGGAACACAUCCACCCCAUCGAGGUGCAGACGGUGGCAAUACUGUACGCAAAAGGGCGACGCUACGCGACGCAUGUCAAGGAAGCGUUCCACGCGUUGCACCAGACGGAAAUGUGCCCACCGGUGAAGGACAUCCUGCUGGGGCUAAAUGACGCUUUCGAGCAUUCGUUUGAUCACCAUCCCAAGACGGGUGUGCGUUACUUCAUUGCACUCGAUCUGCGUUGCGUCCACGACAAAAAGCAAAUAUUUCGCAACGAGGCCGUGACCUGCUUCCAGGCUAGCGUAAUGCUAGCAUUCUGCAUCUUCAAGCGGGAAAAGGCCGUCACCGUGGUGGCGUUUACCGACGAGGAGCAAACCCUCGCCCCGGUUGCGUUUGAACCGACCAUGACAUGGGACGACGCGCUCAAGCAUUGCGUUGGCUUGAUGUUGCCCAAAACGAAGGUAUCGCUGGCCGCUCCGAUCAAGCACGCCGAUGCGCAAAAGGUAAAGGUGGACAUGUUCAUCACCAUCACCGAUUCGCUGAUUCGUGUAAAUCCCACCCGGCGUCCUCCGGUGGCCGAGAUGGCGGAAUAUCGCAAGAAGACAAAGUUGCCACUGAGCAGAUAUCUGGCAAUUUCACUCAGCCAUCAUAAGCCGUCGCUGGAGUUUUCCCCCGACAAUGAUACGGGUGGAAUCUUGGAAAUGGUUGGUCACAGUGCUGGCAAUGCCAAACUGAUCGAGGCAUUUGCCAAAAACCAAUUCUUCUAGGAUGGCGCGAGCAACGGAAUGGAUAUGGUAUGUCAUGCUGUAAGCACACCCUCUCCCUCGCCCACAACAAUCUGUUUUUUCUUCUUUCAUUCAAGUUCCAUUUCACGGCAAAGCAUGCUCGUGUAUGGUCGUCGAUAUCGUACAGGAAGAGCCUUAAGCGCCACUUGUACUAUAUUUACUAUAUUUAGGUGUUAUUGAGAAACUCAAUAAUUCUGAAUUUCUAUUGGUUUAAUUUUACGUUAUUUACGUAAUCAAUUUCGGUUAAUGUUUAAGUUUAAAUGCUCCUUUUAAUGCUUUUUUCUUCUCAAUCUUCGGUACGCGAAGAAUCUUUAUCUGUUGAUCUGUUUAUUUGGUUUUGAAAUCUUCAUCGUCCAAGAUUAUAUUGAGUUGAAUUGGGUUAAUUUUUUUACCGUCAUUAUGUGCGAUCUGUGUCAUUCAAAUGGCAAAUCUUUGGAAUUGGCCUUAAAACAUAAAUUAGGUAUUAGUUGUAUUUCUUUUAUGAAGUAUAUAUUCGUUGAAAUCUGAGUCCAACUGGAUCAUGUUCGCAAAAAAAUACACGGUCUAUCUUCCUAUUUACAUUUAUUAGAGUUGAAUUAAAUAAUUCAGAUAUUAUUGUUAAAAUCUGCAUAAUUUCCUAUAUUUUUCUUCGAAUUGAAUUGAAUUAUGAGUUACUUUUGAUUGUUUUCGUAGAAUUGUUCGCCAACAAUCUACACAUCCCGAUGUUCUGGUGGCUAUGUUUACUCUGCGUACAAUAUUUUUGAAUAAUUUCCAUUUUCAUGAAACUGUUUACCUAGUCAGUUAUUGAACUAUGUCUAAUAAGGACAUGCUAUUAAAGAACUAUCCAUAUCGUCACAUUACACGAGGCCGGUUGGUACCGCCAGUCUACACAAAAAAAUAGAACAAAAGAUUGAGUGAGUUUAUCCAUAGACACAUAUGUUAAUGGGUCAAAGGUGUACAUCGGUCGAAAGCGUUUAUUUAUGUUUCGAACAAAGUUUAUUUGCUUUCAACUGCUUACUCUUAUUAAGCUCCUCUUAAAUCACCUAUGCGUAUGUUGUGUGUAUUAAUGGUGAUAGAAUAGUAUUCAACGUUCUCUCAUUAUGUGUAGGACGUGUGAGGUGUGUUAGCUGUUAGAAUGUAAGACAAUAGGUUUGUCUGUUGAAUGCGUCGCUAUCACGUAUAUGAGCAUCCCGUUUAAACAAUCUUAACCUGUGCAUACAUCACCAAAACCCUGCACAAACCCUCGCUGAACACCUUUUCUUUUGUCGUGUUUAUUAUUCAUUCACUAAUUAUGUGUUAGUUCCUCUACUGAUCGGCUAGUUAGAUGUAAGGGAAAAUUAGAAAGUAACGACUUAAAAUAAUCCAAAAAACAAACACAAAUCACAAGUGGUAAUGGUUUUGUAUGGUGAGAGCGAACAUAUGGAAUGAAAUUCUAAGCAAAAUACCCAACCUUGCAAAACGAAUCCAAUCAAAUUAUACAAUAAUUGAUAAUAUGCUGUGAUCCACAAGAAUGGUAAAAAUUUACCGACCAUUUUUCCCACGUAAACUAUUCUAUAUUACGUAUUCUUCACUGUUAAAGUAUGUUUUUGCUAGAAUUGACAUGUUUCAUUCUUUUUUUUACAUUUAUGUAAUAGUUACAAUUUUUAAAUUUUUCUUCAAACAAUAACGCAACUCUUAUAAUAAUCCAAUGUUCUAAUAGAAUUAAGAUCGUAAUAAUUGAAUGAAAACCCCUUGAAUUUGUGAGAUUAUUGGCGCAUUCAUGUAGGAUAUCAUAAUGUUUUUUUGUAUGUAGAUGCAACAUGCAAAUAGAACAUAAAUCCGAGGUCUAAAACAAACCAAACUGGGCUACAGUUUACGAUAAAAAACGAUAAAAAGUGCUUCUUAAAUAAUGUUUUAGAGCCGAAUCUCAAAACAACAGAUUGAAAAAUAUCAACCCAUGUACUAUGUACUAUUCCGUUCAGCCGUUAAACGAUAUCCAAAUCAAAGGAGAUGAAAAAACGGCACACAUGCAGCAGUGUAGUGAUGAAUUUUGUUCAAUUGAGUACAACAUAAACGUACAUUAAUGAAAACGAAACAUGGCACGAAAAAUAACGAAAGCAUCAUAAUUUGGAAGAAGGAAACAAAUAAGUCAAUCGCACUUCACAAACUGCCGCUGCAAAGACGCUUUCUAUGGUUGAUACUAAUUUAGUUAAACGAAAACAAUCAAAUCAAACGAAACACUACCGGAGGAAAUGGUUGAAAGGGCGUGUAUUGUUAUGUUUUACAUUUUUAUCGUAUUAAUGGCCAGUGAAACACUUUGAAACCGUUCACACACACCCAAUACUACAAGAGGAAGCGACUUAAUCAUAAACAUAGUGAUACAAAAAAGUAACAAUGGUAAAACCAAUCAUCAUCUGACAAGUACGGUGUAGGGUUGGGCCGAGCGGACCGGAAGUAUGGCGACAAGUAUUGUUUUAUUAGUAUUUGUAGAGCAACAAAACAAGCGCAACAAAAAAGUUGACAAAAAGCGUUCAAUGCGAGAAUGUGAGAUAGUAUCAAAUAGACCGACAACACAGGCUAUUCGUUACAAUAAUGCCGUUUGUUUGUUCUGUUUCGAACAAAGCCACGCAACAAAAGAAGACUGUUUAAGCGUUUAAAGUAAAACCAAAGGAUGUAAAUUUUCGUUUGUUCGUGUACAAUAUUUGGUGAUGUAAAAUGUACCCCUCUGGCAGCUCGUUUUACACCAUUUCCGUUGCACCGGAUGCACAAAUUUGCAGCGAACGAAAAUUACACAACACUAAAAGACGGGUAUACCUUGAUGAUAACUAUGUAAAUUAGAACUGUACAGCAGGCACGAAUUUAAACGUAAGAGCAACAUUUUAUUAUUCGUACUCCGUGAGCUAUAUUCUGGCCGCUCGCCCACUCUUAGACCCUAUCCGUCGCGCGCGCUCUGUCUCUCUAUUUCUCUGUACCCUGUAUGAAUGUGAUAAAACGCAACUACAAAAAAAAGAUAGCCAACUAAAACGGUUCCGAGCUCCAAAAACUGACUUAAAAAGGAAAAUCCGAUACAACAUUUAGCAAAAAAAGAAGGAGAAAGUGGAAAAGGAGAAAGUAACCAGCAAAUGUUAAAUUACCUUUUGCAUUCGAAAACUAAAUAGAACAAUAAUUAAUUGCGAAAUCCAAAUCGAAGGAUUUAGGCAUGGUGAUAUUUUUGAAGCAGCAUCAAAGAAAUUCUAAAUGACAGCAAAAUAGUCUAUCGAUGAACGCGUUAUGCUUUGAUUUAUCAGCGAAGGAAAGAGAUUACUAUUCGCCCCCCGCGAUUACACCGAGAACAGAAAUCAAUACAGAUAAAUAUCGUUUUACGAGCAUAUUCGAUUUCUCUCCACUCACUGCACACGAAAGUAUUUAAAUAUAGGCAUGCCUAUCAUAUGGUAAAACCAGACAACCUGAAAACGCUUAAACAUUUAUUGUAGUGACGUAGGAAGUGGAAGCAACCCCGUUAUGAAAUCCCUAAAACAUACUUGUUUUGUUGUUGCUCUGUGGAAAUGAGUUUUUUGUUUUGAUAUUACAUAUUUUAAGUGAUAAUUCAAGCGACCUUUUCAAAGCGAAGAACACACACACACACACACUAUCCAGCUACGACUGUACAAUUAUAUGCAGGAAUGAUUUGCCAGGCGUCACCUGUUCAUAAAAGCUCAUCACGUUGGAAGAAGACUGAAAUUUGGUCAAAAACGUUCAUAUACCCAGCACCACAUACACGUCACAAAGGACUCCGCGUCUAUCACAAAACAAAUCGGGAUGAGCGAUGAAUAGGAAUGUAAGAAUCUUAUGAAACAGUGAACAGCUCUAAAAAUUGACCAAUUCAAACACACAAACCACAGACACAAGGGAAGAAAAUUAAACCGGAAACCGAAUCGAUGAUUUCCCCAUAUAAUUAAUUUUCUUUGGUUUUGAGUUAAUUUGGCACAUUGGAGAUUUAGAUGGUUAGUAAAAUGAAGCUGAAAAUAAUAUUUAAAUGUAAUGUUUACUUUAAGCGUUUAAGUGCUUCUAUUUCUUUGCGCGCUCUCUCAAACCGCUCCCUGCGAGGCGUAUGCUGAUUUGAUCCUUUUGCGUAUACCAUUCACAAGGACAUUCACACGCACGAGGCUGCAAAAGUAUGUGUUUUAUGUGGAUGGAAGAUGCAAAUUUGCUAAUUUUGCUCCACCGCGUUAUAUGAAUCUUUAAUUUUUAGCCUUAAAUCAAGAUUCGAAUCAUUUUGAUAGCUUACCCUCUGCUACAAACUACUAUUGGCUAGCAAUAUCUAGGCAGAUAAAUUUAACCCUGCGCACCCGAAACACGUGCGAAAGGAUAAUGAAGCAACACAAAAUGCCAUAACCUCUCGAGAUAGUUAAUAUUUUUGAAGCGAAGAAAGUGUGUCAGAACUAACAAAAAGAAAAAAUGAACUGAAAUCGUUAAGAAAACUAAACAAAGGCAAACCAACAAAAAAAAAACAAACAAACUAAAAGAAAACCAGUCAAACAGACCACCAAAAAUGGAGGAAAAGAAAAAAAAACAAUGUUAUUUUUGUACGAAAACCAGUUUACGAUAAACGAACAAAAAACAAUAAUAAAAAAAAACAACAACAUUGGGCUUUAUACAAAUUCAAACCCUCAAAAGCAAA